UGAAUGUCGCGAAGAGGAAAUACCAGUCAUAGUGGAUUCUAUUAAAGAAUGGAGUUAUUCAAGAGGAGAUCUCUUUCACUGGAUUACUGUAUUGAACCGCUUCGAUAGCAUUCUUGAGAAUAUUUGUCAAAGUUAUAAACUUAAAAAAUUGCAGGCAGAAAACUUCAAUGAGGAAACGCGAAGCGUUUUAUUGGCUAUAUUAAAAUUUUCUCGAAUGUUACUGGAAAAUUGCACAAACAGAAACUUAUACAGUUCAUACGAGCAUCUCAAUGACUUGUUGUAUACAAGUGAUUUAGGUGUUUUGGAGGUGUUGUUGCGUUUGAUACUCCGACCUGCACAACGUCUCAGUAAUCAACGUGCUCUUCGUACCAAUUUUACCAUUUCUCAAGAACGUAUUUUAACUUUGGUCCAUAGUUGGGGCACAAAAGAAUAUGAUAUCGAAAUGGCGCAGCUUGCGUCCGAAGAAGUUAAAAUCCCAGAAGAAUUGACAACCUUAAAUUAUCAAUUUUAUCGGCGUUUAACACCAUCAGAAGCUGCUGAAACCACAGGUGAAAAGAAAAAUGAAACUGCUGGGACUGCUACCUCCACACCUCAAAAAGGAAAAAGGAAAGAUA